GGAAAACAGCUGCUGCAGCCAGCUUGGGUUGUCCAUUUCCUGUGUCACAAAGGAAUAUUCCUUAUCUGUCUGCAAAAAAACCAGAUAGAGUCCAGCUGAAUCUUGCAGCCCAACAAGUCACAUCAAUUGAUGAGGAGCGGAAACAAGUAUUUUACGAUGGAAAGCGGUAUUCAAAUUCAUAA